CCCUUCAAAACCCUCAGCGGUGGAAGGCGCCGUCUCUUCCCCCUUUCUACCUCAUCUCUCUUGCGCGUCCUCUCUCCAAUUCCCCCUCCUUUCCCCGAUAUCUCCAUCUCUCUCCCUCGAUUGCGAACCCUAGCGUCGAUCCUCCGAUCGGUCGAUUGAUUAGGGUUUCCGCCCCCUCCACCUCCCUAUGAUCUCUGCUAUUCGCGAGGAAUCGGGGUUGUUAGCUACGGGCUAGGGUUUUUGGGAGCCUUCCUCUCUCUCCCUAUCUCACUCUCGCUUCAUCGUUCUCGUUCUCGUCUAGUUUUGAUCUCCUAUUCCGAUGAAGAAGCUCCAGUUCUACAGGAGCAGCUCCGUGGAGUGGAAACCCUCCGCCGUGGUGGCGCUCGCGACCAGCCCCGACGGCUCCCAGGUCGCCGCCGCGCGCGAGGAUGGCGCCCUCGAGAUCUGGCUCGUCUCGCCCGGCUCCGUCGGAUGGCAUUGCCAACUCUCGAUUCAAGGAGAGAGCGCAUCGAGAAUUUCUUCAUUGGUUUGGUGUGGGCCGAGCUUGGAAGGGUCAGGGUUGGGGCGGUUGUUGUCAUCGAGCAUAGCCGGGUCGAUCUCGGAAUGGGACCUCUUCUCCUUAAAGGAAAAGAAUGUUCUAAAUUCCAUUGGAGGAUCUAUCUGGCAGAUGGCUUUGGAACCUAUCCAUGACACAAUAUCAUCAGCCAAUGGCUACUCCAAUAGUGAUGCUCACAGUGACACUGAAUCAAGUAAAAUUGAUGAUGACGAUGAUGACAAUGAUGAACUAAUUGCUGCCCAUGUUCAUGGCAAGUUUCAACGCUUAGCUGUAGCCUGUGAUGAUGGCUGUGUUCGUUUAUAUAAUGCCACUGAGUCGGACGAGCUGACUUAUAUCAGAUCUUUCCCCAGGGUUAGCGGUCGCAUUUUAAGUGUUGUAUGGAGCCAUGAUGCGAAGCUAAUAUUUUCUGGGAGUAGUGAUGGCCUAAUAAGAUGCUGGGAUGCUACAUCUUUCCAUGAGAUUUAUCGAAUCACUGCCGGCCUUGGAGGCGGUGGUAGUGGACCAGAACUUUGUGUUUGGUCAUUACUGUACCUAAGAUGUGGGACUCUUGUUAGCGGGGACAGUACAGGUAGCGUGCAGUUUUGGGACAGUCAUCAUGGGACUCUUCUGCAAGCUCACACUUAUCAUAAGGGCGAUGUGAAUGCCCUGGCGACUGUACCUAAUCACAAGAGGGUCUUUUCUGCUGGUUCAGAUGGGCAGGUAAUUCUCUACAAGCCAUCCAAUGAUGCAAGUGGUCCCAAGGAAAAUGGCAUUCCUAGAGAUGAAGUUACUAAGUGGGUGUAUGUUGGAUAUGUAAGGCCUCAUACUCAUGAUAUCAGGGCCUUGACAAUGGCUUCUCCAAUUAGUAGAGAAGAUUCUUUGCCUGAUGAAAAGGCACCGAAGAUUCGUCGUCAAAAGAAACCUGUUGAGUUCAGUUACCACAAAUGGGCACAUUUUCGUGUUCCAAUGCUCAUUUCUGCAGGAGAUGACACCAAACUCUUUGCAUACUCUGCAAACGAAUUCACCCAAUUUGCACCUCACGACAUUUGUCCUGCCCCUCAACCGGCAUUGAUAAAAUUGGCAGCCAAUAGCAGUUUAGAUGGCGCUUCAAUAAUGCUUGUUCAGUCGUCUAGCUACUUAGAUAUUUCACUUGUCAAGGCUGAUAGUAAUUCGGCCCCAAGUGUUUCUUUUGGAAGAAGCACUUCUACCCAACUUCUGGCUCGUAUUAAUAAGACUAAGGGAUCCCGGAUCAUUUGCAGCGCGAUAUCCAGUAGGGGAAUGCUGAUUGCAUACUCUAAUCAUGUAAAGCCACGCCUAUUUGAAUUGAGAAGGCAUAAAGGGGGAAAAAUUAGGUGGUCUCUAGACGAAGUACGGCUACCUAAGGGUUUGCCAUGUGCACACAGCAUGAUUUUUAGUGUUGAUUCGUUGAGCUUAAUGCUAGCAGGCCAUGAUAGAAAAAUAUAUGUAGUGGAUGUGAAAACAUCCGAAGUUGUGAACAUCUUUGUACCUCGAAAGAAGGCAGAUGACAUAGACCCCCCAUCCAGUGAACCGCCAAUAACAAAAAUGUUUACAAGUAUGGAUGGACAGUGGUUAGCUGCAGUUAGUUGUUUUGGGGAUAUUUAUGUAUUCAAUCUUGAGACCCAAAGGCUACACUGGUUUCAAUGUAGGAUGAAUGAUGCUUCUGUUACCGCCGGCGGCUUCUCUCCUAGGAAUAGCAAUGUGCUUGUCAUCACAACAUCUUCGAACGAGGUGUAUGCGUUCGACGUGGAAGCAAAACAGCUAGGUGAAUGGUCAAGACGCCACAGUCACCAUUUACCUAGAAGGUUUCAAGAAUUUCCAGGAGAGGUUAUUGGGCUCUCUUUCCCGCCUUCCUUAAAUUCAACGUCGGUUAUUGUAUACAGUGCACGGGCAAUGUGUUUCAUCGAUUUUGGGAUGCCCGUCGAUCAAGAUGAUAAUGAAUUGCCCAAUGGUUCAGAUCCAUUCCUAGAAAAUAACGAUGCCAUAAAAAUCACGAGAUCAAAGCGAAAGCGGAAGAACCCAGAAGAAGAAUCCAAAAGAACCACAAAAAGGAACUUUGAUAUCUGUUCUUUCAGAGAUCCAGUUUUAUUCGUCGGUCACCUUUCAGAAAACUCGCUCUUGAUAGUAGAAAAGAGAUGGAUGGAUGUCGUCCAAAGCUUUGAUGCUCCCAUUCAUAGACAUAUAUAUGGAACUUAAAACAGAGAGGCUUUUGCAGUUUCAUUAUUUACAUCAAGACAGUCCUGUGGCGAGGCUACCAUUCUUUUUCCCACUCGGGUCGCCUGACUAAUAUCCGAGAGAAAUGGUAUGUAAAAUGUAUACCAACAGUUUCAGGUGGCUGAAUCAGGGUGCUAAACAUGUUAUUGUGUCAAUGAGAGAAGCGCGAUGUUUUUGCCAUUAUUUCUGUAAAAUGAGUGCACACUCGAUGUUAUCCCUACUGGUUUUGUGAUAUCUCGAAACAUACGGUUCACUUGAUAAUUAUUGUUUUGUCAUUAUUUAAAUACUCUACCCUCUUAUGUUUUUUUUCA